GGGCACAAUUUUUUUUUAAAAAAAAAACAGAAAAGAUAAAAAGUCGUCGUUCUCCGUCCCCAACUGCGAACCCCGGCGUCGGGAUCCCUUCCGUCUUCUCACGGCCACCGGCCGGAAGCCCUGGCGUUCCUAAAGAGAGGCUUACUUCUCUCUUCUCUUCGGGAAAAAAGAGCAAGACGAGGAUGGCGGAUUGGGCGUCGACGCACAGAUUGUGGGAGAAGUGGGCCUCCAACAACAUCGGCUCUUCUGGUGAACCCCUAAAGGCGGCCCUGCUGCUUAACUACGAUCCCAACGGUCCGUCACGCCUCCUGUCUGUCAUAGCAGAACAAGAGGGGACCAAAUUGAAGGCCAUUGAUUUGCACCCAUUCCUCGACUUUGUGAAACGGAACAAUCUCCAGAAGGAGUUCUUCUUUAUUGGAUCAAGCCAGUAUUUAGUUACAUCGAUACAUGAGCACUGGUUCUGUGCUCGGUGUGUGAAUGCAUCAAAACCUGGUGGUGAAGGUGUUAUAGUUAUGCAGACUGGAGCUUUUCUGCUGGUUGCAAUGUAUGAAGGUUCAAUCAGUUCAGCAUCUCGGGCAAUGGUGGCUGCUGAUCAAUUUGUGUGGCAGUUGGGUCGAAAAAACCAUUGACUGCAUGUUAAACAGGAGACAAAAAUCCUGGGCUUUUGCACUUUUCUGCCCCAUUUCUUCUUAUUAUGUGAGAUUGGAUAUCUGUCUGUUUACUGUAUAAAUUGCAAUUGUAUACUACCAGAGUACCAGACUUUGAGAUACUAAUUGAAUUCCUGGUCCUAACUAAACUGUAAUUAUGUAUUUCGAAAGCAAGGCCUUUUAAGAACUUGCCCACUGAAUCAUCCUCUUGGCUACACUGUAUGUUUUAUAUCACCUUCUGCAAUUCAAAAUUUUGUACCAUUCCUUCUG